AUGAAAGGUAAAAAUAGCGACGUUCAGGCCAGGAUUUUAAAGGACAACAGAAGGGCGUUUUUCGUUUCCUGCAGUCGUCAUAACCUCAAUCUGGUUGUCUCAGAUGCAGCACAUUCGUCCGUCACGGCUGAAUUAUUUUUUGGUGUUCUCCAAAAACUUUUCGCAGUCUUCGCUGCGUCCACCCAAAGGUGGCAAAUAUUGAAAAAGCACGUUAAUAUUAGUGUGAAAUCAUUACCUGAAACUCGCUGGGAAGGAAAAAUAAAUGCUGUAAAAGCAAUAAGAUUCCAAAUAACAGAAAUCAGAGAGGCACUGCGAGAAAUUCGUAGAAUAUCACAAGGUAAAGAUGCAAAGUUGACGGCAGAACUCAGAGGCAUCAGCUUCGAAAUUGAAUCACUGUCCUUUCUCAUUCGAUUGGUGGUGUGGUACGAUAUACUGCAAGUGAUCAACAAAAUCAGUAAGGUCUUGCAAUCUCCCCAAGUUGAUUUACAUACCACGAUGAACAUGAUCGAUGGUGCUCUCUUUCAAUUACAAGCCUUCCGAGAAUCUGGUUUCGCAAAAUGCGUAGCAACUGCUAAAGAGAUGGCUGAACAGUUGGAAAUUGAAUUUUUUAACAAGUUAUGCGAUAUAGCUAUAUCAAGUUUACGGGAACGUUUCGUGACGACCAAAGACGUUUGCAAACCUUUUAGUAUCAUCCAAAACUCUAACAACUUUGUACUAUUGGAUAGAUCGCAAAUUUUGAAUAAAUCACAGACUCUGGAAAAUUUCCUGAGAGGAGAAGAUGGAAACAGUGAUAUUGACGGUGGAGAGCUGGCCGAAGAACUGGAAUCCUUGAAGGGUUACUUUUUAACAUCUAAAAUGGCCAACUUAAGUGCAUUCAUGAUGUUGUCGCACAUUAUUACCAGAAGUCUUGAUGAAAUAUAUCCAAACUUUAUCAUGGCAUCAAGGAUUUUUCUAACAUUACCCGUAACUUCCGCGUCAGGAGAAAGGACAUUCUCAAAACUGAAGCUUAUAAAAACUUAUUUGCGUUCCACUAUGUGCCAAGACCGGCUGAAUGGCUUAGCUGUGUUACGUGGGAGGGUGAACGUGUGUAGAGCGAUAAGAGUUUACGACUAUUAA